UUUUGUUAGCAAAGGCAAAAAAUGCCAUCAAAUAAACAUUAUCUUGGUUUGAUUUCAUAAUUCAUUAGAACAUAAAACAAUUUACUUUCUGAUGAUUUGAUUUGAUAUCGCUGCCAAUGUACAUAACAACGGAUGAUGCUCUUAUAUAUAAAAGACAUAACACUUACAAAUCAGUUAUAAUAAAUUUCUUAACAAAACCAUGGAUGUACGACAGUAUAAAACUUUAAUUUUUGGUGAAUUUCGUUCCUUUGAAGAUGACCCAUUUUAUUGGAUGAUCGACUUAGCAACAUUGCUAUACCGAAAAAAAUUUCAUAAAAUAUUGUUGGCAAUUAUAGUUUGUUGUUUUAUAAGAUUCUUUGUCCUUUUAUUACAAUCUGUCCAUCAUUCAAUUAUAUCAGUUGAAGAUAUUGAAUCGAAUUUGGUGACAAUUUCAUCUGCACUAAUAGCGCUGCUGCAUUAUCUCAUAUUUGCAAGAACAACAGACCAGGUUAAUAGUUUGAUGGAGCAAACAAAAAAACUUCGCAUUCCCUACAAUUUAUUAAAUGACUCGUUGAAAAAAGAAAUUGAUAGAAUCAACUUUAAUUCAAAAAGCCUGUGUUGCUUUUGCACUUGUUUCAUCUUGAUAGGAUCCAUAGUUGCCUGGUUAAAUAAAAUAUUAAAUAGCCAAAUAACAAAUUUCAUAGAAACUGAUAAUGACGAAGAUGGAACUUUAGACUUUAUAUAUGACGUACAAUAUCAAAGGAAGGUUCAAAAAAAAAUUAAAUAUUUUUUAUUGCAAACAGCAAAGGCAAAAGAAACAACGAAAUGCAUUAGUUCGCUUUAUAAAUAUCGUGGCUUUAUAAUACUGACAGGCUCAGCUGUGUUACUAGGUAUCCAUUUGCUACCUGUAAUUUCAAGGAGUACAGAAUUCGAUUUGAACGUUCUGCUAGUUUUAUCAUCAGUUGUAGUACAUCUCACACUUUUUUUUUUAAUAGGCGAAGUAGGAAACACACUUAUGACAGAGGGAGAAAAUAUCUAUUUAAAUCUUACACAAUGUAAUUGGUAUAAUUGGAAUACAUCUAAUCGAAAAUUAUAUAUAAGUUUGUUAUUGUUUACACAAACUCCACAAUGUUACAUAAUCUUCGGAUUUUCCGAUGUAAAUCGAAGAUUUAUGCUACAAGUAUUCAAAAUAUUUAACUGUUUCAUAACAUGUGCUGCUUCACUGAAAAAUAAAUAAGAAAAUUAUUGUUUUCGAAGAAUAUUUCGUUACACUUUCUUACAUUUAUUAAUCUACGACCACUAUGGAAAGCAAACCAAAACACCUACAGGCACACUAAAUAUCCCAUUAUGUUUACUAAAUAAAUAGCACAGUAAAGAAAACGCACGGCAAUCAAAAAACACGGCAACAAAAUUUGUGCGUAACCUACGAGUUAAAAACAAUAUUUAUCCGUGUAAAUGGUAGUAAGUAAAGUAUAAUACGUAAUGCGUGUUGUAAAAUUGUUAUGCAAACAUAGAAUUAUUAAUUUUAUAAGUUUUAAAAUAAGUAACACAAAGAUUGGAAUUUAUGCCUUCUAUUAAAUUAAAAAAUAAAG